UAAUUCGGUAUUAUAUUGCUUAUCAAACUGACCUGUUUGAAUGGAGCACAAUAAAUAGAUUAAAAUUUUGUUGAAUUAACAAUGACUUUAAUAUUGAAAGCUUUACUGUUCCUCUUACUUUUCAUCGGCAAAGAAUGUUUGGAAAGAAGAUAUUUUACACAAGAACCACCUGAGAAAAUACCUGGUACAACCACUUGUACAGAUGGUUGGUUACCGUUUGAAGGAUCCUGCUACAUGUUUGGACAGACCGCCUUUGAUUUCACAGAAGCCGAGAACUUUUGUCGUCAAAACAACAGUCACUUGAUACAUGUAGAAUCUUCAGGAGAAAAUGAGUUCAUAAAAGAUCAUCUUAAACAACUACAACUAAGAAACUGGUGGAUUGGUAUGUCUGAUGAGCUAAUAGAAGGAACAUGGAUAUGGUUCGAUACGAAAGAAUAUGUUCAUUUCUCGGACUGGUACCCAGGACAAGACCAAACGACAACUGAAGACUGUGCUAUUUUCUGGCUACCACUAGCAUUUAAAUGGGCAGACUAUAGUUGUUUAGGUAACUUCUAUCCAAUUUGCGAGAGACGGGGGACUGUGUGUGGUGCACAGUUGGAGUUAGUUGGCUGACUGAAAUAUUUCAUUUCCGUGUGUUGAAAACUAGUUAUUAACUUGACACAAAGUGUUCCAGCUCAUUUAAUAAAGAUUUUAUGAAA